AUGGGGCUUUCCUCAAAUAUCCCUCCACAGGAAACUGUGGCAGAGAAACACACACCGAUCGGAGAGGCCCGCUCAGCAUCGACAGAUGAUCACCCCAACGACCAGGUCACUGACCCUUCCAAGAAGAGCCUUGAGGUUCAAGAUGCGGCGGAGCAGUCAACACCUCUCAAAGAUUAUUUUAGAAUUCUCUCUUUUACGACUAUCAAUGAUCGGAUUGUCCUCACGAUCGCCCUGAUAACCUCCGUGGGAUCUGGUGUGCCCUUACCGAUCAUGAAUAUCGUCUUUGGUGGACUGGUUGGUGAAUUCAGUUCAUAUUUCACACCUGGAACCUCGACCACUGAAGCCCAGUUCAAAACGUCGGUUAAUCGGCUAAGUCUGUACAUUGUCUAUCUCUUCAUUGCAAAGUUCACCUUGACAUAUUUCUCCAUGUACUGUUUUCGUGUUAUCAGUCUUCGAGUUUCAGCUGCUUUGCGACUGGAGUACAUGGAUUCGCUUUUUGCUCAGCCAAUCAGCAAACUAGACCAAGUCUCAGUUGGGACGGUCGUCAAUGCAAUCACCACCCUCUCCAAUUCGAUCCAGCAGAGCAUAUCGGACAAGCUGGCCAUUCUCUUCCAAUCCUCCGCUCUCUUGAUCGCCGCAUACAUCAUCGCCUUCAAAUACUCAUGGGCUCUCACUCUCGCCACCAGCUCUUGCCUUCUAUUCAUUCUCGUCGUCUGCAGCCUGACGCUGCCCGCUGUCUCUCAGAUCCAACAAAAGGUGGACAAGGCGGACGAAAAACAUUUGGCAAUCGCAGCAGAAGUCUUUGGCUCGAUUCGGACUGUCAUCUCGCUCGGUGCCGAAGCACCUCUAGCUAAGAAUUAUCGACAAUGGGUUAGAGUAUCCCGGAAUAGGGGCCGAAGCAUGGCUAUAAUCGUGGGUGUCCAGUUUGGUUUCAUAUUUUUUGCCAUGUACGCCAGUUACUCACUGGCAUUCUGGCUUGGUCUGAAGCUCUACCGGGAGGGUCACAUCCCAGACAUCAACACCGUUAUCAUCGUAUUCUUCUCGAUCACAAUCGCAGUGAGUGUCCUUGGAAACAUUGCAACACCGUUGACGAUGGUGUUCAAGGCGGCCAGCGCAUCGACCUCGUUCUUCGAAAUUAUAGACUCAGAGAAGAUUGUCACUGACGGUCUUCGUGAUUCUGAAGCGUUAGCUCAGGGUGAUAUCGUGUACCAAAAUGUGGACUUUACAUACCCCACGCGACCGGAGAGCAAGGUCUUCCGGGGACUGAACGCUCGAUUCAAAAAAGGCAAAACCACAGCGUUGGUGGGUCCAUCGGGGUCCGGAAAAAGCACUAUUGUCGCUCUCUUAGAGCGAUGGUAUACCCCGGAACAAGGAAGUAUCUUCGUGGGUCAACGAAACAUCGAGCAGUUGGAUCUCAGGUGGUGGAGAUCCCAAAUCGGACUCGUACAGCAAGAUCUGUUUCUCUUCAACGAUACAAUUUUCAACAACGUCUCAUUUGGCCUUGUCGGAACAAGGUGGGAGAAUGAGCCUGAGUCUGUGAAGGCCAAAUUAGUGGAGGAUGCAUGCAAAGAAUCGUUUGCACACGAAUUCAUCGAGCGCCUCCCAAAGGGGUACGACACCAUUGUGGGGGAGAACGGCACCAAAUUGAGUGGUGGCCAAAGACAGCGUCUGGCCAUAGCCCGAAGCAUCGUGAAGCAGCCUACCAUUUUGGUUCUGGAUGAAGCUACUAGCGCAAUUGACGUUCAUGGAGAGAAUAUUGUCCAAGCAGCCCUAGAUCGUGUUUCCGAAAAUCGCACCACAAUUGUGAUUGCACACAGGCUGUCUACCGUUCGGCGCGCCGAUUGCAUUCUGGUUCUCAGAGGCGGUGUCAAUAUCGAGGAAGGGACGCACGAGGAGCUUCUUACCAUGGAGAAUGGGCUUUAUCGAGGCCUUGUCAAUGCUCAAAAACUUGAGAUUGCCGCAGAACAAGAAGCGAAUCCAAUGGAGGUCACAGAAGCCUUGAAGGAGGAAAUUGAUCAUCCCACUACUGUCAUCUACGAGCAGCCACAAGAUGAGCACAAGGAGAAAGUAAAAUCCCAUGGCUUCUUUCGAAGCACUGGGGUUUUCAUUUACGAGGCACGGACUCAUUGGUUACUUUGCUUGACUGCUUUACUGGGGGUACUAGGUGCUGCGUCUGCCUUCCCUCUACAAAGCUGGCUUUUUGCAAAUCUCAUCGAUGUAUUCAGCCUCACAGGACAAAACCUGAGCGAUGCUGCCAAUUUCUGGGCCUUGAUGUUCUUCAUUCUGUCUCUCGGCAUCGCAGCCUGCUACGCCGCGGUCGGAUACUCAGCCAACCGACUCUCCGUUGAAAUAUCCUCCUCUUGUCGAACAGAAUACUUCCAAAAUAUUCUGAAAAAGCCCGUUCCGUUUUACGACUUGAAUGAAAAUGCCUCCGGCUCCCUGGUUUCGCGUCUAGCCACCGACCCCAAGCAAAUUCAGGAUAUGAUAGGGCUGAACGGGAUUUUCCCGAUCAUUUCAGUUUGCAGUAUGAUAGGCUGCGUUGCAAUCGCUUUCUCCUUUGGCUGGAAGCUAAGUCUCGUGACUGUGUUUUCCGCUCUUCCCUGCGUCUUCCUUGCUGCAUUCAUGCGCAUCCGAUACGAGCUGCAAUUUGAAGCUCUGAAUGCGGAGGUAUACUCAGGUAGCUCUCAGUUUGCAGCAGAAGCUAUCGAGGCAUUUCGAACCGUUUCGGCGUUGACAAUGGAGGGUUUUAUCUUGAAUCGGUACUCCGGUCUUUUGAAACAACAACAAUACAAAGCUUUCCGCAAAGCCUGGCUAGCCACUCUGGUGUUCGCUUUCUCCGAUAGCGUUGAACUCUGCGCCAUGGCAAUUACCUUUUGGUACGGCGGCCAGCUUCUCGCAUCCAGAGAGUACCAGCCCGCCUCCUUCUUUGUUGUGUACAUGUCAAUCAUCCUCGGUGGGCAACAGGCAGGCCAAUUCUUUAGUUUUGGGCCGAAUAUUGCCCAGGCUACAUCUUCCGCGAACCGGAUUCUGAGCUUCAGAUCAGCGUUGGACGACACUAAUGCUGCUUCCAGGCAGCGCAUGGCCGAUGAGCCCUGCAGGUCCGGAGCUCGCAUUAAUCUUCAGAAUCUUGCAUUUAAAUAUCCGUCACAGGAAGUUCCUCUGUUCACGAGUCUUGACAUUACCAUCGAAAGUGGCCAGUUUGUCGCGUUCGUGGGGCCAUCUGGGUGUGGCAAGACCACCCUAAUAUCGGUACUCGAGCGAUUCUACCAUCCGUUCCGAGGGACCGUUCUCCUUAACGGCGAGGACAUCAGCUGUAUUGAUCCAGCAUCAUACCGAAGAUGUUUGUCACUGGUAGCCCAAGAGCCACGACUGUUUGAAGGCACGAUCCGUGAUAAUAUCACCCUGGGACUCGACGGCUCCGAGUACACGGAAGAAGAAUUGGUUCAAGCAUGCAUUGAUGCCGAGAUUCACAGCUUUAUCACAUCCCUUCCAGACGGAUACUCCACAGAGCUAGGAAUCAAAGCACAGACAGCUCUCAGCGGAGGCCAACGACAACGACUGUGCAUCGCGCGCGCACUAUUGCGGAAACCGUCUCUGCUCCUCUUAGAUGAGGCGACAUCAAGCCUUGACUCGCAGUCCGAGAAAUUAGUCCAAGUCGCCUUUGAAAGGUUGGCUGCACGGAGGAGUAUGACGAUUAUCGCGGUCGCGCACAGACUGGCGACUAUUCAAAAGGCAGAUGUUAUCUUCGUCUUUGGCGAGAGUCACAGUAAAGGGUCGCGGGUCGUCGAACGGGGCUCGCAUCAGGAAUUGCUCCAGAAUAGGGGAACAUACUGGCAGAUGUGCCAGGCAAAUGGGCUAGAUCGAUAA